AUGUCUGGGCUGAUUCCAGAUUUGGCCAGUUGGGCGCUUCGUGGCGGAGCUGCUGCCAACAAUGAAGACGACGACGACAACAACAAUGGAAACAAUGGCGACAAUGGAAACAAUGGCGAUAACAAUAACGCUACCAAUGAAGAUGGAAACUCCAAUACUCCUCCUGCUCCAGCACUCAAUGAACAGGAAAUGAGAGAACGCCGUCUAGCACGAAUGGCGGGCAAUGCUGCUCCAUCUCCUACUGCUGCUGUUGGUGGCAGUGGUGGUGGCAGUGGCAGUGGCAGUGGCACGGCUCCCAUGGACAUUGAUCCUCCUCCCUCCAAUGCUCGUACUGCGACGGCCAAAGCAACUCCCGAAAAGAAACCUACCCCAAAGCCAACACCCGAAAAGAAACCAGCCGCAGCGGAACAGCCAUUGCGAAAACGAAAGAAGGAAUCCAAGUUGGGAACUCCCUCGGAUUCGGCCAAGAAAAAUCAGCGAAAGAAGGAACUCUUGAUCAAAAAGGUUCUCGGCAUUACCCUUUCGACGGAAGAUUCUUGUUGUGUCAAGAUUGAAUUGGACGACAAAGACAACAUUGGAACUCAUUCGGUGGCCGAGAUUUUGGCCACUCGACUCUCGCUUCCACCCUCGGACAUUCGGACCUUGCCUCAACAAAAGCCUCUCAUUCAAUAUUUGGGAUUGGCCCAUCGCAAGGCGGGGGACGAAUUGAAAACACUCCGUCAGGCCAGUAAGAAGGAUACGACCGAUCUUCAAGAAAUUCUACAAGAAAUACAGCGACAAGUGGUCAGUUACGCGGCAUCGUCUCUCAUGGAACCAGAUCUAUUUGAACAAGCCAAAGAUGGCGUCCAGCAAUUGACCAAUGCGCUCUUGAAUGCGACCUUGGAUCCCAUUACGUCCAUUACCUUUGGUGUUUCUGGUGCAACUACUUCAUUUUAUUAUUGCCUCUGCGAAGAACUCGUGACGCAAGACAUGGCUACCCUGGACCGAGUCGUGUCCGCUUGUGCCACUCAAAUUCUCACCAAGCUGCAACGAUGCGAAAGCAUUGAAUCGGGGAUUGGAGAUAGCAAUGCGCUUUCACUAGUAGCUUCGUUGACAGCUUUGUGUCAUCACAAAAGAGCAGCCGUGGCCAUUACCAAGAUGGAUUCCUUUUUGGUCCCGGCUGCAGGAACACCUGCGGCGACCGAACAAAUUCGACCUUCGGUUCCUGCCGGAGCUGAUUUGCUGCGCAUGUUGACGGGAGAGCACCGUCCCUACCCCAAACGCAGUGGACCUGCCAUUGAAAAACAAACUCUUAUGGGGGCUUGUUUGAAGGUAUCUACGCCCAAGAAUAAUCCAACCUUUUCGCCAACUUCCAUUAUGAGACAGUCCUUGGACAAUGUGGAACGGGUCACCAACCAACAGCGUCUUCAGCUACGGAAUUAUCAAGAAGCUUGUAAUGGAUUCAUUCUCGGAUUGAUCAAGGGAGGACCCGAAGCUCGGGAGAAGGUACUGCAAUGGUUCACAGACUGUUUGUUGCUCAACACGGGAGCCACUGCCAUGAGACCAGAUGCAUCCAAGGUCGCUUCCUCGACCAUGCUUUUGAACACUUCGGUAGUCUUGCUCAAGCUUUGCGAUCCGUUUGUACGAGACGAAAAGAAGCACAAACUAAUCGAUCCCGGAUUUGUGUCAUCACCGCAGCACAAUGGAGGAAUCUUUCCUACUUCCGGGGAUGACUUUUUGCCACGGUUGGGAGAAUCUUCGGACGAUGAUACUCCCAUGGUAGAAUAUGCUCCCAAGAAUACCUUUGUUCCCCAAUGCUUCUUUUUGACGGCCCGGUCCUUGGCUCUUGGAUUUGUUCCCAUGCUGAGUCACCACGAGAAUUUGCUUAGACAUAUUUCCCAUAUACAUUGGGAAUUGGGCUCGCAAGACCGGGACAUUCAUUCGGAUCCUCACUUUUGCAUCAUGGUGAGCAAACAACGAUCCGGUGAAGUCGCCCUAUUUCAAGACGAAAUGGUGACCGAUACUUUGAAUUUCCUUAAUUUGAUGGCCAAGGUGCUGACGGAUUUGCCUGACGCAUCGUUGAAGCAAAUGCCGGAGCACUUUGCGGACAAUAUUUGCGAUGCUUUGGAAGGUGUGGCCAAAAUGAAGCCCAAGGCGUUGCGCGGCUUGGAACUUCGAAAUGUCUUCAAGAUGGUGGUCAAGCUACUAUCGGCGCGAUAUGCAAGCAUGGUCCGCAACUACAAUCUUCGAGCCACCCUUGGAGAUGUACUGUACGAAAUUUUCUUGCCCUGUGGAAAUGAUGAUCGACGUGAUGUCCCUACCAGUGUUGCAUGUGAUCCAAUGGCUGGGGGUCAGACAUACUUGAUAUCCGACAAGUCUGCCCAAGAAUCAUUGGCUCCGUCACUGCUACUCCUUUAUGGAGAAGUAGAACACACUGGAUACUAUGACAAGAUGAGUCAUAGAGCCAAGAUCUCAUCCCUCCUCAAGUACUUGUGGGAGUCUGCCGAGCAUCGUCCAGCGUUCCGAUCGAUUACUCAAAACAAGGAAUCCUUUAUGAAGUUUGCCAAUGGAAUCAUUAAUGAAACCAACACGUUGAUUGCGACAGUCAUGCAAAAGCUACCCGAGAUUCGAAUGGUCCAAGAGCAACAGGCCAAUCCAACUGAAUGGGCCAGUCUUACCGAAGAACAACAAAGCGAUGUGACCAGCCGAUUGGAAGACAAUGAACGUGAAGUCAAGCAUGCACUUCCAUUGUGCAACAAGACUCUUCAGAUGUUUGGAUACUUGAAUACGGACAAGGAUAUUCGAACCCUCUUUUUGCUCGACGAAUUGUGUCCUCGUCUUGUCAACAUGUUGAUACAUGUGCUGGGUAAACUGGUGGGAUCCAAGGGUUUGGAAUUGAGGGUGAAAAAUCCAGACAAGUACGAGUUCCGACCAAAGGAAAUGUUGCGGGAUCUCUGUGCCAUUUUUGCUCUCUUUACGUCCGCGGGAGAGUUUCAAGUCGAGUGUGCCAAAUCUGGCUGCAACCCAGAUCUCUUGCGAAGCGCCAUCAAGACUUGCAAGAAGUUGAAUUUGCUGACUGGUGAAUCCAUGACUGCCUUUGAGUCCCUUCCAGAUUUGGUAGACAAGGCCUCUAAGAUAGUCCAAGAAGAAGAAGCACUUCUUGAGGACGCACCACCAGAAUUCAUGGAUGAACUGAUGGCCAGCUAUAUGACGGAUCCUGUCAUAUUACCCAGUGGUCAUUAUGUUGAUCGAUCCACCAUUACACAACACUUGCUGAACGAUCAAAUGGAUCCGUUCAGCCGUGAAAAGAUGACAGUGGAUGACAUCAAGCCAGCAACCGAGUUGAAGGAACGAAUGGCCAAGUGGCUAGAAGGGAAACGAUCAUCGCGCAUGUCCGAUGACUAA